UUCAGAAGUCCAGCCGACAAGAAGGAACAUCGCAGACGUCGGCUGGAAUAUUUCUAUCAAGGAUACAACAUGAAUGCGCAGUAAAGUAAAUAAACCGCGAUCAUAAUGGCGUUUAGGGACCCAGAAGGCCGGGCAGAGGAACAACUCAAAGAGAGAGGUUAUGUUCUUGGGGAGGUUUUGGGAGAAGGAUCUUAUGCGAAGGUCCGCGCCGCUUUCAGCAAGAAUUACAACCGUCGUGUAGCAAUGAAGAUCAUCAACAGAAGAAGAGCGCCUCGUGACUUUUUAGCCCGUUUUCUCCCAAGAGAACUAGAAAUUAUACAAAAACUUGAUCAUCCAAAUAUUAUCAAAACGUUUGACAUCAUGGAAUUCGGCCAGAAGGUAUUCAUCAGCAUGGAGAUUGCAGGCCACGGUGAUUUGCUAGAAUUUAUCCGGUUACGAGGCGCCAUUCCAGAGGAAACAGCUAAAAUCAUGUUUCUAGAAUUUGUAGACGCGGUAGAUUAUCUGCAUUGUAACGGUGUUACUCACAGGGAUCUUAAAUGUGAGAAUAUUCUGAUCGACGUACAUAACAACAUCAAGCUGUCUGACUUUGGCUUUGCUCGGACUUUUACUGACGGCGAGUUCAGCCGGACUUUCUGCGGCAGUGCUGCAUACGCCGCCCCAGAGAUACUACAGGGACACCCGUAUAACAUGCCGGCUUAUGAUAUUUGGAGUAUGGGAGUCGUUUUAUAUAUCAUGGUAACGGGUUCCAUGCCUUACGACGAUUCCAACAUUAAACGGAUGAUCAGGGAACAGCUGGAGAGACAUGUGAGGUUUCCUAGGGGUGUCCGCGUGACCACCCCCUGUCAGAGCCUCAUACAUCACGCGCUGACUGCUGACGUGUCAAGACGUGCGACCAUAGCUGAUAUACGUGCUAGUGAGUGGAUGGCAGGGGCACGUGCUCUGCUAAACGAGAAACAAAAGAAGUCCGGACCCCAAAACAAAGUUGAGCAGCGGUCAAAACCCAAUAAAAAUGAACGCAACAUUGUUCAGCAGAUGGCCAAAAAGCUAGAUACUGUGAAUAACAACGUAGCAUCUUCCAGUAAGGAUACUUCUGAUACGACGGCGAGGCAAGGUGGCUCUAGUGAGCUGGCAGCCGAUAUGAAAGGGUUAUCCACGGAGUAAUAGCAUUUUAUUAUCAUAACCCAGGCAACUGUCACCGUUUUUACACUGUUUUGAUCUAUGGUCUCCGUGGUCUCAUCAAAAUGGGGAAAUGCUUAGGAAAAAGCUCGUCUCAAGAUCAAGAGUUUUACCUUUAGUUCUCAAAGCAAUACAAACCAGGAUAUCAUUGUAAACUCAUUGUGGCCGGAUGUUCCAAUCUGACAAUUGUGUUCUACACAGCUAUGUCGCAGCUGAUGCAAUUAUCAACUGACAAAAUUGACCCCAACGAACAUUACAUUAAACAGGAAAUUCUGUCUCUCAGUACUGAAAUGAAUCGUGCAAAGUUAUUCGUAAUAUAAACUAAAACCAUGGGACAAGUGUUAAGUUGGAAACCGCGCUGCCUUAUCUUAUAUAAUGAUAAUAAAAUUAAAAUAAAUUAUUAUUUGGCUCUUACUGGUAUAUAUUUGAAAUUGAAAGCAAUUUACCAUGCCUGGCAAUAAAAGAACUAUG